AUGUUGUAUCAACUACUAUUCCUUAUUUUCACUCAAUUAUCAUUAAUACUAGCUACUCCUGAUCGUUCAUUAUUCUUCAAUUAUCAAAAUAAUGCAGCUUGUAUAUUAGUAAAUGAUACAGUUUAUACAAAUUUUCAUUUUGAAAUUGAAAAUCCAAAAAAUCAAUCAAUACCACUAAUUAUUUUCAAUUAUAGGAAUUUACAAUAUUUUAAAAAUUUACCUAACUUUGAUGUAUUUUUAAAUCAUACUUAUUUAGAUUUGGAAGAUGAAAAACAAUUUAUUUCAACUGAUAAUGUUUCAAAUUCAGUUGGUUUUAAUUUAAAAACAUUUAGGAAUUAUAAAAUACCUGAAGAUACUUUUGUUGAACUUAUUACAGACAAGACAGAUUUAAUUUAUCAAGUUCCAGAACCUGGAGUUUAUUGUAUUUAUUUCCCAUUAUAUUCAUAUGAUAGAGAUAUUAUUCAUCCAACUGCUUAUGCAAUUAAUUUAAAAAUUGAAGAAUUUGCUCCAAUAUCUGUUUUUAAUGAUAUAUCAUCUCAUAUAAGUAAUGUUAUAUUAUUUGGUUUAUUUAUAUUACCAUUAAGUUAUAUUUAUCCAGAUAUAAGAAAAAGAAGAUUUGAAAAAUUACCACCAGUUAUUCAAGAAUUAUGUCAAAUUUUAAUUGUUUCAUUAGUAUUAAAUGGAGUUCAUGUUGUUUUAGAAUUAUGUUAUUUAUUUUUCCCAAAUGAUUUUGUUCAUUCUUUUACAGAAAAUUAUUUUGGUUAUUUUAAAGAUAUUUUAUUGGAAAAAUGGCAAAAAUAUACUGUUUGUCAAAUUUAUUUAGGAUUAGGAUAUAAAAAUUCACCAAUUAAAACUCCAAAAGUUUUAUUUCAAUCUAUUUUUAUAUUGAAUGUUGUUUCAACAAUAUUAUUAGAUUAUUUAAUGGGACCAGCAACAUCAAUUAUAGAUAUUUAUAUUAAUGAUAAACAAUUUGAAAUUGUUAAAAAAUCAAUUUUGGUUACUAGAUUUUAUAAAAGUAUAUUUAUAAAUAGAAAUUAUACUGAUUUUAUCAAAUCAUUAAUUACAGUUUCUACAACAAUCCAAUUAGUAUCUGGUUUAAUAAUGCAAUUAAUAAGUUUGAUUUAUGGUGUUAUAUUUGUUUAUAAAUUGAAAAAUCAUCCAUCAUUAUUAAAACCCAUGUCAUCAUCAAUUUUAAUUCAUUUAAUUGCAUGGAGUACAUUUGGAAAACAUGCAAUAUAUAAUUUAGCAAUUAAAAUAUCAGUAACUGGUAUAUUUGAUGCUGGUGAAUUAUUAAGUGUUAUAGGAACUUUAAUUGAACAAUUUGAAAUAAAAUUAGUUGGAUUACAAGUUAUAGAAAUUUUAAUACUAUGGUUCUUAUGGUCAGGAGGUAAAUCAUUUGAUUUGAGCGUUUUGAAAACAGAAGAGCAAGAAGAGAAGAGGAAAACGAUUGUUGAUGAGAAAGAAAUUAAAGUCUCGAAAGAUAGUAAGAAAACCGUAAAAAAGACUAAAAAAGUGGACUAA